AUGUCCAGCGCAGACCCGAACAACAACAAUAAUCUGCUGAGCGCCUUCCCGACGUUUGACGACUUCCCGGAGACGCCCCCGAACGAGUCACCACCAUCAUCACCUCCGCGUUCGCCCAGAAAUGACGAGAGCCUAGCAUCCGGCAGCCGCGAAUUCAGCCGUGAAGUGAGUCGCUCAAUCUCGCCCCGAUCACCUCCGUCUUCUCCGGAAACGGAUGAAGAGCCAGGAUCCAUAAUCGAAGCCGUGACAAGCGCAAAACACUUGGAACUGGGCGAUCAGGUGGUCAUGUUGAAGCUGCCGAAAUCCGUGUCGCUGGCCCACCAGCAGUUUGACAGCGAAAAUUACGCUGAAGAUGACGAUCCGCAUGGCCAGGCUCAUCUUUACCCAACGCAAAAGGACACAAACGUGGUACGUUGGCGCACCGUCGUCGACAGGGACGGCACCGAGCGUAGAGAGAGCAAUGCCAGUGUUGUCAAGUGGUCGGAUGGAACGAUGUCGCUGCGCAUCGGCGACGAAUACUACGAUUUUGGCUUGGCCGAGGCAAGGGACUGUCACGUUUUCUCGAGGCAAGGCCCGGCCAUGGUCGCCCAGGGAUUGCUUCCGGAACGAGUCGUCUUCCGCCCGCACUCCAAUUCGAAUAUACAGAACGCGAUUACACGGGCUGCAACGCCAAGAGUCCCACGCAGUGCAGGCAUCCGAGUGAUCACCAACAAUGAAAUGAAUCCCGAAGUGGGAAGAGAGGCAGUCGUGCGCGAAGAGCAGCGAAAACUGCGGCAAGCCAUCAAGGCCCAACAUAUCACACAUGCACGCGGCGGCCGUGAUCGCGAAUACCGGGCAUACCAUUACGAAAUUGAUGACUACGACCAAGACUCCGACGAGGGGCUGACGCGCCGCUCCUGGGCAUCGACUGCUGGCACGGUGCCGAGUGACAACGAGCAAGGAGGGCCCAGCCGUUUCCUCGAAUCAUCGGACUCUGAUGAGGAAUCGCGUCGCAUUCGGGAGAAACCGAAGAAACUGGUGGUGCAGGACAGCGACGACGACGACGAA